GGAAAGGGACCCCAGAUGAUCCAGAGGCCGGGCAGGGGCCCCGGGGUACCUCUGGGGGCAGUGUCCGGGAUCCAGAGGCCGGGCAGGGGCCCCGGGGUACCUCUGGGGGCAGUGUCCGGGAUCCAGAGGCCGGGCAGGGGCCCCGGGGUACCUCUGGGGGCAGUGUCCGGGAUCCAGAGGCCGGGCAGGGGCCCCGGGGUACCUCUGGGGGCAGUGUCCGGGAUCCAGAGCAGGGCGGGGCCCCGGAGGGUCGGGCGCGCACCCCGGGGGCCGCGGCCGCGUGCGCGCCCUCCCCACGUGGGCGCCCGGCGGGACCGCCCGGGGGCGGGGCCACGGGGGCCGCGCGCCGCUGGGAUUGGCCGGCGGGGAUUGGUCACGCGGGUCUCGCGCGCCUCCGGCAUUGGCCCGCGCGGCGGGGUCGCCAUGGUAACCGGGCGUGGCGGGGCAGGAGCGCGCCCCGGAAGCGGUGUCAUGGCGGCGGCGGCGGGGGCAGCGUUGCUGAUGCUGCUGAUGGCGGCGGCGCUGGCGAGGGGCGACGACUCGGACUGGGUGCGACUGCCCAGCAAGUGCGAGGUGUGCAAGUACGUAGCCGUGGAGCUGAAAUCCGCCUUCGAGGAGACGGGCAAGACCAAGGAGGUGAUCGACACCAAGUACGGCUUCCUGGACGGGAAGGGCUCUGCUGUCAAGUACACACAGUCGGACAUCCGGCUAAUUGAGGUGACAGAGAACAUCUGCAAGCGGCUCUUGGAUUACAACCUGCACAAGGAGAGGAGCGGCAGCAACAGAUUCGCAAAGGGCAUGUCGGAGACGUUCGAGACCCUGCACAACCUGGUGCACAAGGGCGUCAAGGUGGUGAUGGACAUCCCCUACGAGCUGUGGAACGAGACCUCCGCCGAGGUGGCUGACCUCAAAAAGCAGUGCGAUGUGCUGGUAGAGGAGUAUGAAGAUGUGAUUGAAGAUUGGUACAGGCAUCACCAGACAGAGGAUCUCUCCCAGUUUCUCUGUGCUAACCACGUGCUGAAAGGAAAGGACACAAGCUGCCUGGCAGAGAAGUGGACUGGCAAGAAGGGUGAUUUGGCAAGCGUGGGGGAGAAGCAGAGCAAAAAGAAGAGCGGGAAGAAGAAGAAAAAGGGCCAGAAGGAUGAGCGCGAGGGAGCUGCCAGCCUUCCGGACGCAGGGGAGGCCCUGGAGGGGGUCCAGGAGCAGGCUCCGCUCACCCACAGCCCAGCUGACGAGCUGUAGGCACGCAGCCCCUGCCCCCGGGGCCGCCCGCUCCGGGGUUUCGCCCCGCUGUGCCUAUGGGUACCAAAGGAAAAGGGACUUGUGACCCGGGGGACACCGGAGCGCCCGGCACCGCCCUGCCAGCCCGGGUGCCAUCCCGUGAUCAGGUGUCGCACAGCCGCGGACCCAGCCCUGCCGCGGGCUCCAGCUCCGGGCGGCCGCCAGCGCUGCCCCGCCGCCGGCUCCUCGCACACCGCCGGGACUGUAAAUAAAGACGUUUUCCCCAGA